AUGUCGGACCCGUACGAGAGAGUGAAAGGAGGCAGACUCGCCUUCAAGGGCGGCGAAGUUGCCCUCUCUAGCAAAGCCAUCGCCAAGAAAAAGAAGAACAAGAAGAAGCAAAAGCAGAAGAAAUCGACACUGGACGACGGCGACGUGACGCAGAAAUUGGAGGGCGGCGAAGUCGCCGAUGCUUCAGGAGGAGAAGGAGCAGCCGGUGGCGCUGAGGUUUAUACAAUUGACGCCGCGAGGAAGAAGAAGUACGAGGAUCUCUUCCCGGUCGAGGCCAAGAAGUUCGGUUACGACCCCAAGGCCACGGAGAAGACGGUGGAGGACGCUCUCGACAAUCGCGUCAAGAAGAAGGCCGAUCGUUACUGUAAAUGA